AUGGCGUGUCAGGGAUUUGGUGCUGAUUCCUUCAGCCCGCUGGCAGGCGAUUCACCCUUACCAAUCCUUAUGCACCAUGGCUCCACCGGUGACUGUUUACCGGCUACAUCCCACGCUCACAGUAUGGUUUCUGCAGUAUCAUCAGGAUUGUCCCUGGGUCAGACUACUAAAAGGUCCCAUAUGCACCUGUCCACUUCCUCUCUUGGGAACGCCCUCAGUAACGCUCCUCCGAGUUUGCAUUACCCAGUCACCCCUUGCCAUUACAGCAACCAGCAAGCAACCUACGGCAUGAUGACAGCCCAGGAGAUGCUUUCUGCUAGUAUAUCUCAGACUCGUAUCCUGCAGACCUGUGGCGUCCCUCACCCCAACAUGGUGAGUGCUGCAAAUCCAUUACAAGGCUCUCUGACUCCGUGCAUAUAUAAGUUUCCAGAUCAUGGACUCAGUAGCAGCUCUUGUGCUUUAAGCCACGGUUUUUCCUCGCUGUCGUCAACACUCCUUUCAGCCGAUGAGGUCUCUGGUGGCCCCGGCGGAGAAGCGAAAGGUGAUGCACAGCGGAAAGGGAUGCGGGAGCAGGAAGAAGCUCCCCCUAUGGACUCCCCACAGAUACGAGAACUGGAAAUGUUUGCUAAUGACUUCAAAAUACGCCGGAUCAAACUGGGCUACACUCAGACUAAUGUAGGCGAGGCUCUUGCCGCAGUGCAUGGCUCAGAGUUCAGCCAGACCACGAUCUGCCGCUUUGAAAAUUUGCAGCUGAGCUUUAAGAACGCCUGCAAACUCAAGGCCAUUCUGGCAAAAUGGCUUGACGAGGCUGAGCUGGCUGGUGCGUUAUACAGUGAUAAAACUGGAAUGAAUGAGCGGAAGAGGAAAAGGAGAACAACCAUCAGCCUGGGAGCGAAGGAGGCCCUGGAGCGAAGCUUUGUGGAGAAAACUAAGCCAUCCUCUCAGGAAAUAGCCCGGAUAGCCAAAGGCCUCCAUCUGGAGAAGGAGGUGGUCAGAGUCUGGUUUUGCAACAGACGCCAAAGAGAGAAACGUGUCAAAACAAGCCUGAGCCUGAGCUCCUGUUUGACCAAAAUCAGUCCAAACUGUCUCACACAAAUAAGUAAAAGACCACUUACGUAAACUGAAGUGCUAAAGUAGCUUCUGAGCUAAUGCGACAGAGGCUCUUUAUGACCACAACUUUUCAGAUAGCUCCAAAAGUAAUUAAUUCAGUAACAUGCAGGAGUGGAGAAGCAUUUACGAAAACCUUUGUAAAAAAACAUUCCUUGUGUUUCUUGUAUCACGCAAUGUGAUUUUCUCCGAAGGCAUUGUGUCUUUGAAGAUCAGCUGAGUGCCUUUUUGAAAGCUUUAAUCUACAACACUGUCCUUCAGCUAAUUUGUUCCAAGAAAAAGUGAAAAAAAAUUGA